AUGCCCUGGGAGAUUAGCAUCGGCUCUUGGCACGUCGCGCUGCAGGACAAGAUAUCAGCCGAUGACUAUUCCUCUCUCAUGAAUGUCAACACAGAAGAUCUCACGGAACUUCAGCUCUGGGCUCUAGAGAAGAUCAAGGAAAAUAAAGCGAAAGCCGCCAGAGCUUACAACAAGAAGGUUAGGCCGAAGAAUUUCCAAGUUGGAGAUCUCGUCUGGGAGUUGGUGUUGCCGAUUGGGACUAAGGACCCGGCGUACGGUAAAUGGUCGCCCAAUUGGCACGGUCCUUACCGCAUAGUGGAGACCGCACCAGGCAACUCUACAAGCAAGAAGCUGUGA